AUGAUGGAUUGGGCAACAGGAGAGUACUGGGCUUCCAAAUCCCAAAAAAAUGUUUGUGAUCGGUAUCAACUUGCACAGAAGACGCCUUGUUAUCUUGAUUUUGAGAUUAUGGAGGACGGCAGACCUCAUGAUACCCCGUACGUUGGGUGCCCGACGAUUGGCCCCUUUGAAGACUUUGGUAAAGCAUCGAGUCUUGGAAUCCGAAUAGUAUGGAAAGCUGAUGGUAAAUGGUUAUCGAUUCCUAUCCACGCUCUGAAUUGGGCAGGAGCUAUUGGCCGAGGGAUUAUCAACAAUGAUCGCAAUCUCGCGUUGAGCGCUUGGUUUAAAGCAAUGACGACGAUCCAGAUCUUUGAGCGAAUCAUCUACACAGGGCCACUCAAUGGUUUCAACAAAGUUGCGUAUUUUGCGACAGCCAACAUUGUCGAGCUUGUCCAUAGCCACCUCGAUCAAUCCAUGUCUUGGAUUCCGACAAAAUCGCAAACACUAGCUGCACCAAGACUUGUUGACUUUGAGGAGAAUUGUCGGUUGAUGUAUCAACAGUAUCUAACGUGGCCAACAUUGGUAAAUCCCAUUCAACCGCCGCCGGUGGAAUCCGAUUUCUGGAAAGGACAAUCGUUUAACCACACAGAUGCGAACCUUCAAGCCCCAACGAUAAAGUGUGACUUCUGCGAAUACACGCAGCGGGGUGGGCAGAAUGCAUGGAGCAAAUGUGAAAGAGACACAACCAUAGAAGAUUAUCAUGUGUGCAAAUGGUGCUCAAUGCUCAACCGACCGUGUACUUUUACAUCUCCAAGCGAUUCAAUCCGGCUUUGGGGACGCGGUCCUCCAUUCUUGAGAGGUAUGCGUGGUGAACGAACAGACAGCUCACUCGCCCCUGCACGAUAUCCAACCGGCCCUUUUCGAUUUCUAGCUUUCUAUGAUAUCGCACCGAGAGAUGCAGUUGAGACUGAUGCCCCGAUAGAAGGGCUUGAACCCCUUUUGACGCUCGAUUCAUGCGACGAUAAUGAUGUCAAUGUUGACUUAGAGGGCGCAGAGGCAGACGUUGAAGAAGAAGAAGAGUGA